AUGAUCCGAGACGAAAUACCGUCCAUCUACGAGAGCCACAGCUUCUUCCCUGACUCAUCCUCAUACACCAUUAUCUCCUUGAAACAGGGUCAGGGGUUUUUGUUCAACCAGGACUUGUUUGCCACGCCGUACCAGCAGCUGCGAGCCUUGGCCAAUGAGAGAAGAGCUGCCAAUGAACGGAAGUUCCGGGCUAUGAGUAUGUCUCAGGCGGUCAGGAACAAGAAGGAGGCACAACGAAGGCACACGAGUCACGAGCUACGCCCGGUGAUCCACCAGCCCGUGGGGAAGUUUGAUUCUGCUAUUGAGGACGAUUCGAUGGAUGUGGAAUCGGAGGAGAAUGAGCUGGAUCUGGACGACCUGGCCAUUAUAGACGAAUACGAGGAAGACGUUGCAGGCGACGUCGAGGGGUUUCUGGCGUACGAGAGGGUGAAGGUUGCCGAUGUGAUUGUGGACCCGAACGAUACGAGUUUCCUUCCGACCGAGGCGGACAAGUUGGUGGAGGUUGAGGAGAACGACGACGACGGGGACGAUGGGUUCGAUGAGUAUGAGGAGGACAGGGGGACGAGAAACAUCAACAGUAUUACCCAGCGACCAUCUAGUUCAUCGCUCCAGCCUCCUCAGAACCACCAAUUUCAACUCGCCUACCUCUCAUGA